AUGGUUUUACAAAUACGGCACGGUGCCCAUAUCAUAUGGGUUGGGCUGCUUAUUUGUUGCAUGGCAGACACUGGCACUUGUCUAGAAUUCACAGGUGCAGAGGGGCAGUGGGCUCGAUUUCCAAUGUGGAAUGCAUGUUGCGAGAGUGAGAUGAGUUUCAACAUGAAAACAAAGAGCUCUCAUGGGCUGCUGGUGUACUUCGAUGACGAGGGAUUCUGUGACUUUUUAGAACUUCUCCUGCACAAUGGCAAAGUCAGCCUCCGUUUCUCAAUCUUCUGCGCCGAGCCUGCGACAGUUCUUUCCGAUACGGCAGUGAAUGACAGUCAGUGGCACAGGGUUACGAUAAGGAGAAACUUUAAAAACACAACCCUGGUGGUGGACGAUGAGGUGAAAUGGGUCGAGGUCAAAUCAAAAAGACGGGAUAUGACUGUCUUCAGCCACUUGUUUUUGGGCGGAAUACCACCGGAAUUACGAUCCGUGGCGUUACGACUUACAUCAGCUGCAGUAAAGGAACAGAUGCCUUUCACUGGAUGGAUAACAGACAUAAAGGUCAACAAAACGGAGGCAGUGAUGAUCAACAGCAACGGGGUCUUAAACAGCCUCUGUGGUGCAGCCAAUAUGUGUUUAAAUGGAGGAGUCUGCAGUUUAAUUAACGACGAGCCGACAUGUGACUGCUCCAAGACGGGCUUUCAAGGAAAAGACUGCAGUGAAGAAGACAACUAUGCCGAAGGUCUGGCACACCUGAUGAUGGGCGACCAAGGGCAGAGAGGGGAAGCUUGGCUUGUAAGGUCCCUACUGAGCAUUCAAGGGAAAGAAGAAUACGUGGCGACUUUUAAAGGAUCAGAGUUCUUCUGCUACGACCUGUCCUUGAACCCAAUUCAAAGCAGCAGUGAUGAAAUCACGCUGUCAUUCAAAACCCUGCAGAGGAAUGGACUGAUGUUGCACACGGGCAAAUCAGCUGAUUACGUCAACCUGGCGCUGAAAAACGGGGCGGUCUCACUCGUCAUUAAUUUGGGGUCUGGAGCAUUUGAAGCUCUGGUGGAGCCAGUCAAUGGGAAAUUUAAUGACAAUGAUUGGCAUGAUGUCAAAGUAACAAGGAAUCUACGUCAGCACUCAGGCAUUGGACACGCUAUGGUAAACAAACUACAUUGUUCGGUGACAAUAUCCGUGGAUGGGAUUCUGACCACCACAGGGUAUACGCAGGAAGACUACACCAUGCUAGGCUCCGACGACUUUUUCUAUGUUGGAGGCAGUCCUAGCACAGCCGACCUGCCCGGAUCUCCUGUUAGCAACAACUUUAUGGGCUGCCUCAAGGAGGUUGUGUACAAAAACAAUGACGUGAGGCUUGAGCUCUCAAGGCUGGCCAAACAGGGCGACCCCAAGAUGAAGAUCCAUGGCGUCGUGGCCUUCAAGUGUGAGAACGUGGCCACCCUGGAUCCGAUCACAUUCGAGACGCCGGAAUCCUUUAUCAUCCUCAAUAAAUGGAACGCUAAAAAGACUGGCUCCAUCUCGUUUGACUUCCGCACCACCGAGCCCAACGGACUGCUCCUCUUCAGCCACGGCAAGCCCAAGCAGCAGCCAAAGGACUCCAAGAGCCCUCAGACGCUCAAAGUAGACUUCUUCGCCAUUGAGAUGCUGGAUGGCCACCUGUAUCUGCUGCUUGACAUGGGCUCAGGAACCACAAAGACCAAGGCAGUCAACAAGAAGGUCAACGAUGGAGAGUGGUACCAUGUCGACUUCCAGCGGGACGGCAGAUCAGGUGCCAUCUCCAUCAAUACCAUUCGCACUGGGUACACGGCCCCCGGCGAGAGUGAGAUCCUGGACUUGGACGAUAAUCUCUACCUUGGCGGUCUUCCGGAGAACAAAAUGGGGCUGGUGUUCCCCACUGAAGUGUGGACAGCGCUCCUCAACUACGGCUACGUGGGCUGCAUCCGCGAUCUGUUCAUUGACGGGCAAAGCAAGGACGUCCGACGUCUCGCAGAGGUCCAGAAGGCAGCCGGGGUCAAGCCCUCCUGCUCCAAGGAACCGCCCAAACAGUGCCUGAGCAACCCCUGUCAGAACAACGGGUUCUGUAGAGAGGGCUGGAAUCGCUAUGUGUGUGACUGCUCCGGGACUGGCUACCUGGGGCGCUCCUGCGAGAGAGAUGCAACGGUUCUCAGCUAUGACGGCAGUAAGUUCAUGAAGAUCCAUCUGCCAGUGGUAAUGCACACAGAAGCCGAGGAUGUGUCCCUGCGCUUCCGCUCUCAGCGUGCCUUCGGCAUCCUAAUGGCCACCACAUCUCGAGACUCUACUGACACCCUCCGUCUGGAGCUGGAGACCGGACGUGUCCGUCUGACUGUCAACUUAGAUUGUAUCAGGAUUAACUGUACCUCCAGCAAAGGUCCAGAGACUAUCUUUGCGGGUCAGAAUCUGAACGAUAAUGAGUGGCACACGGUGCGUGUGUUCAGGAGGGGAAAGAGUUUGAAACUGACCGUAGAUGAUCUGCCGCCAGUGGAAGGCCAAAUGGCAGGUGACCACACCCAGCUGGAGUUCCAUAACAUUGAGACGGGCAUUGUGACUGAGAAGCGCUACAUGUCCAUGGUGCCGUCCAACUUCAUUGGCCAUCUCCAGAGCCUCUCCUUCAACGGCAUGGCCUACAUAGACCUCUGUAAAAAUGGUGACAUUGACUACUGUGAGCUCAACGCCAUGAUUGGCUUCAAGAACAUCAUCGCGGACCCCGUCACCUUCAAGUCCCGCUCCAGCUACGUGACCUUGACCACCCUGCAGGCCUAUUACUCCAUGCACCUUUUCUUCCAGUUCAAAACCACCUCCCCCGAUGGACUCAUCUUGUACAACAGUGGAGAUGGAAAUGACUUCAUUGUAGUCGAGCUUGUCAAGGGGUACCUGCACUAUGUGUCGGACCUUGGGAACGGUGCCCAUUUGAUCAAGGGCAACUCUAACAAGCCCCUAAAUGACAACCACUGGCACAACGUGAUCAUCUCCAGGGACACCAACAACCUUCACACUGUCAAGAUUGACACCAAGAUCACCACGCAGACCACAGUAGGAGCCAAGAAUCUGGACCUGAAGGGUGACCUGUACAUUGGCGGGGUGGCCAAGGAGAUGUACAAGGAGUUGCCCAAACUGGUCCAUGCCAAAGAGGGGUUCCAAGGCUGUCUGGCAUCAGUGGAUCUAAAUGGUCGCCUCCCAGACCUGAUGUCAGAUGCCCUGGACUGCGUGGGCCAGAUUGAGAGGGGCUGUGAGGUUGCAUUGAUGAAAGCUGACUUGCAAGGUCCCAGCACCACGUGCCAAGAGGACUCCUGCGCCAACCAGGGUGUGUGUCUUCAGCAGUGGGAGGGCUUCAGCUGUGACUGCAGCAUGACCUCAUUUGGAGGACCACUCUGCAACGACGCGGGGACAACAUACAUAUUUGGACGAGACGGUGGAUUGAUCAAAUACACGUGGCCGCCCAACGACCGCCCCAGCACACGUGCGGACAGGCUAGCCAUCGGAUUCAGCACGCACCUGAAGGACGCCGUCUUGGUGCGGGUGGAUAGCUCGUCUGGUCUCGGAGACUACUUAAAGCUCCACAUCGAAAAAGGGAACAUUGCGGUUGUGUUUAAUGUGGGAACGGAUGACAUUAACAUUGAGGAGACGUCAAAGUUUGUAAAUGACGGAAAGUACCAUAUAGUGAAGUUUACGCGGAGUGGGGGUAAUGCCACUCUGCAGGUGGAUGACCUGCCAGUCAUUGAGCGAUACCCCACAGGCAACUUUGAUAACGAACGCCUGGCGAUUGCUAGACAGCGAAUCCCAUAUCGACUUGGUCGAGUAGUUGACGAAUGGCUACUCGACAAAGGGCGGCAGCUUACAAUCUUCAACAGCCAAACCACUAUACAGAUUGGGGGCUGGGAGAGAAACCGGAGUCGAUCCUUUCAGGGCCAGCUCUCCGGCCUCUACUAUAACGGGUUGAAGGUGUUCAACAUGGCAGUGGAGGGCGAUCCCAACAUUAAAAUCCAGGGCAGCGUGCGGCUGGUCGGGGAGUCUCCCUCCUCGAUUACGCCACAGUCAAGUGCAACAGCCAACCGCUCCGAGACCUCCACAUCCAUCAUGGAGAUCACCACCACCACAGCGUCCAGCAGACGAGUCAAGCAGACCACCCCGAGAGAGCCUCAGCAGACAACAGAUGACCUGCUGGUGGCGUCCGCCGAGUGUCCAAGCGACGAUGAGGACAUCGAUCCCUGUGAGCCGAGCUCAGGUGGGUUAGCCAAUCCUACGGGUGCAGGACCAAAGGGCUACCCAGACACUUCAGAGGUGUUUCGUGAGUCCAGCAGCACCACAGGAAUGGUGGUCGGUAUCGUAGCAGCAGCGGCGCUCUGCAUCCUCAUCCUCCUCUACGCCAUGUACAAGUACCGCAACAGAGACGAAGGCUCCUACCAUGUAGACGAGAGUCGGAACUACAUCAGCAACUCGGCACAGUCCAACGGUACUGUGGUCAAAGAGAAGCCAGUAAACACCGCCAAGACCUCCAACAAGAACAAGAAGAACAAGGACAAGGAGUAUUACGUCUGAUACGCGAAGCUUCGGCGUUCGCCCCGAGAGUCUCCGCAGUAAGUCGGCCCAGAUCCUCAAUGUACAGCAUAAUAACACAGACAGACAAAAUAACGCAUCAUUUAGUUGUUUCUCCUAUAAAGUGGUGCACUGAAA